AGACCGAGCUGUUCCAUCGGCGGAGUAAAGAUGGCUGAACAAGGCGCCGCAGAUCCUGUUAACAACAACAAUAAUAAUAAACCUGAAGAAUCAGAAGGGACGAUUAUUAAGGUCACAGUGAAAACUCCUAAAGACAAGGAAGAAAUCGCCAUCGCAGAAGAUGCCUCUGUCACUCAGUUUAAAGAGGAGAUAUCAAAGAGGUUCAAAGCCAAGCAGGACCAGCUGGUUCUGAUUUUUGCUGGGAAGAUCCUGAAGGAUGGUGACAGCCUCAGCCAACAUGGCAUCAAAGAUGGCCUGACAGUUCAUCUUGUCAUAAAAACAGCACACAAGGCGGGAGAUGGCAGCAGCACCUCAGCGUCUAGCUCAGCCUCCACUCAGGCAGGUGGUAGUUCCACCUCUAGUCCAGCCACCAACACGACCUCUACAACAGGCUCUUCUGGCGCUGCCCCACCACCCACACAGACGCCCAAUAUACUAUCGGGCUUCGGAGAUCUGUCUAGUCUAGCUGGUCUGGGCAUGGGCUCGGCUAACUUCAUGGAACUGCAGCAGCAGAUGCAGAGACAGCUCAUGUCCAACCCAGAGAUGCUUUCUCAGAUUAUGGAGAACCCACUGGUGCAGAACAUGAUGUCCAACCCAGACCUGAUGCGACAGAUGAUCUUGGCCAAUCCACAGAUGCAACAGUUGAUGGAGCGCAACCCUGAGAUCUCUCAUAUGCUUAAUAACCCUGAGCUCAUGCGACAGACUAUGGAGCUUGCCAGGAACCCAGCUAUGAUGCAGGAAAUGAUGCGAAACCAGGACCGGGCUCUGAGUAACUUGGAGAGCAUCCCAGGUGGUUACAAUGCCUUGCGAAGGAUGUACACAGAUAUCCAGGAACCCAUGUUUAGUGCUGCCAGGGAACAGUUUGGUAACAACCCAUUCUCCGCUUUGGGUGGGAAUUCUGAGUCCGGUGCCCAGCCGUCACGGACAGAGAACAGAGAGCCCUUGCCCAACCCAUGGGGACCACCAAAUUCUUCUAGUGCCACUGAGAGUGGAGGGACCACCACAGGUAGCACUAGUACCAGUGGGGGCACCAACCCCAGUGUGUCCAACCCUCUGGGUGUUAAUCCUGGGAGUCUAGGAAAUGGGAUGUUCAACAGCCCUGGCAUGCAGAGUCUAUUGCAGCAGAUAUCAGAAAACCCUCAGCUGAUGCAAAACAUGAUCUCUGCUCCAUACAUGCGCAGUAUGAUGCAGUCAUUGGCUCAAAACCCGGAGUUAGCUUCACAGGUAAUGAUGAAUAAUCCGCUGUUUGCUGGAAACCCACAGCUGCAAGAACAGUUCAGAGCCCAGCUACCCGUCUUUCUGCAGCAGAUGCAGAACCCAGAAGCCCUGUCAGUCAUGACCAAUCCUCGGGCCAUGCAAGCUCUAAUGCAAAUCCAGCAGGGUCUACAGACGCUGCAGACAGAAGCCCCAGGCCUCAUGCCAAGUUUGGUGCCAGGUGGAAUUCCUGGCAUGCCCACAGGAGGGGGCGUGCCCCCAGAGAACCCUGCUUCCCCGCCCAGCAGCGCUGGAACGAACGCCGCCCAGCAGCAGUUGAUGCAACAGAUGCUUCAAAUGUUCGCUGGGGGAGGAGGAGGUGGAGGAGGAAGUGCAACGACCCAAACCCCUGAGGUUCGGUUCCAAACCCAGCUAGACCAGCUGAACGCUAUGGGCUUCAUCAACCGCGAGGCCAACCUGCAGGCCCUCAUUGCUACUGGAGGAGACAUCAACGCCGCUAUUGAGAGACUGCUGGGCUCACAGCCCUCGUAAAGACAAGCAGUACAUACUGACACACAGACACGCUCAUACAUCCUUAACUCAGAACACGCCCUACAUCUACAGAGAGAAGCUAAAGAAAUUUGUGCAUUGUCCCAAACUUUACAGAAGACACUUGGACAUGAACUGAAAGACCCUCACUCUCUAUCUGUUCUCAGAUCAUUCCCUAUGUCCCUAUAAUUUUUUUUUCCUUCUUUUUUCAUUCAGCCAGAUUUUCCUGCAGAGUUCUGUUGUAGAGUUGAACUGAAUCACUUCUU